AGCAUUGCAAUUUUACAAUAUAGAUUAAACUGUUAAAAGGUUUGUUGGCCCAAAGAUAUUGAGGUUAUACUUACAUAAAAUCGUCAGGGAUAUGAAGGACAGAACCCAAGUGCAGACAGCUCUCAACCAAAAAGACUUUUAUUAUAUUACAAAAACACCCUCAAGGGGGUAAACAAGGCAAGAAUAUAAAUGAUAACAUACAAAAAGAAAUGGCAAACCAAAACAGGACCCAUGACAGUGUCAAACGUGACACACACUAUGAUCCGACACAGGACAAUGGCUUUAAAUAGGGAAGAACUAGGGAACAAGGACACACAGGUGAAGGGCGUAAACUAAUAAUGAAUAAUUAACAAGGCAUGAUUUUCAUGUUGGAUGAUUUUGUGCAUAAAAAUAAGUCAAAAAUGAUUAUUCACAGGCUAUUUUGUUCAAUUUUUUUGCAAUGUCGUGAUUUGGCCAGAAGAGGGCAUUGUUAAUCUGAUAUUUUAGUCUCAAGAAAAACUUUAAAGGCAAAUUACUAAGAACAAAAUAGCAUCACACAAGUUUUGAGUGUUUUCUUUAAGACCUCUUAUAGCAAGGAGAGUGUAAUCUUUCAUAAAAAUAAAAACAAAUGGAGGUCUUGUGCAGGCGUCGGUACCGGUUCUUGCCUUUCUGGAUAGGAUACUCAGAACAUGGUUGAUCUAUAGAACCUUUUUAAAGGGUACUGACCCAGUAACAGCUUGUGACCAUAUUUUUCUGACAGUUCAUAGUGGAUGCUUUUUGUCUUUUUUUUAUAGGGGGGAUUUAGAGAUUAGGCUACAAGUACAAUACUCUGUACUAGGGGAGUAUACUCAACUCAGAGUAUUAUCAUGAUCUAUCAUCAUUAUUUGUUGUUACAUACCAUAUCCCCUGCCAAUAGUUUUGACUUUAUCUUAGACAUGAAGGAAUGUUGCUUUCUGGCUGCAUAGAUACAGAAACAAAGUGUGUUCACCACAUCUAUUAAAUCACUGUAAUGGUUUGCCUUUAUAUAGCUUCUUUUUUUUAAAGUCAGGUCCGGUAGAAGCUCUCUAGCUCUUUAAAGUAACAACUGAACAUUUUUGUCAAUGUGCAGAUGGACAAAGUACUGUAUAGCUUUAACAUUUUUUUACCUUUAAAACACUGCGGUGAAAACCAAGCACUACGGUUAAUCUUAUGAUCAGAGAAACAACCAGAUCCACUCAUCUGGAAACGAUAUCUUUAAAAUCAUUCAACUGCUAUCAUGUUCAUCUGUAAUGGUCUCGUGCAUAAGUACAUUGUAACGAAAAAUGUAAGAAAGAAUGUGAAACCACUAUUUUUUGAACUAAGACUCAACCGUGCUCUUUGUGUUGUUACUAUAAGUAUUACAUGCUUUAAAAACAGCCAUUUUCGAUUUCCCAUUGUUACAAACAUGCUCAAGAAAUGCCAUAACACAUAAUCAUUUAAAAUGACGUGAACUCUCUCAAAAGGGGAUGCUGCUAUCACAGUCAUGUUCUCGAGCAAGAAUAAACACCGGGUCACACAUAGAGGUUAUGAAACAAGGAAGAAGGAAGGUAAUAAAUACUAGUUGUGUUUGAUUUGUCAGUGAUAAAUUAACUCUAGGAUGGUUGCGAUAAGAAGCAAAUGUUGGUCAGUGAGAAACUAGAUGACAUAUGAAUAUUUUCCAGAGGCAAGGUAAGACCGCCAAUGAAUUGAUUUUGUCUAUUAAUUGUGCUGUAAAGUAGAAAUCCAGAAUUGUACUUUAAACUCGGUUGGAUGUGCAUACUGUUAAUUAUUUGGCCAUAAUUAUGACACUUUGUAUUGUAAUCUUUAUAUUACAAUUUGCAUUUUAGUUUAUAUACUGUACAUGACCACUGCUUUACAAAAAAACUUCCUUUUGAUAAUAAAUACAGCUUUAUGCACAACUUUGUUUAUUAUUGACAUAAAAAGCAACAUAUUUGGUCCCUUUGCUGUAAUGAUAACUGUAUAUAACCUCUUAUUACUGUAUCAGAUGCAUGUUUAUAAUUAAUGUGAGAAUUUUCCUAUUUACAGAUACAGUGAAUACGGAUACAUGUAGAAGUACACUCAAGGAAUUUUUCUUCACACUUUAACAGCAAAACAUGGCUGGUGGAGAAACGCGCAUAAUAUUAGGUGUACUGGGAUUCUCCAUAAUCCUGCUUGUCUAUUUAAACACCAGAAGUGAACCACUGACACAUAACAAACGUGCAGUUAGCAUUGGAUGUCUCAACUCGUCUUUGGUUUGUGGGCCAAAUGCAUAUUGUUACAAUAACAGUGGAAACUACUCCUGCUCUUGUUGGAGUGGAUAUAAUGUUACAAAGAUGAAUGAAUCUGUCAACAACAAUAACCCAUGCACUGGUACGUGUUUAAAUCAUUUAUCAAUGUUCGCUGGUAAUUUAUUGAAUAUUUGAUUAAAGGUGUCAGAGGGGUUUUCUGUUAGGAAAUGUUUUCGAAUGUUUUUUUUUUUUUUGUCAUUCCUGUUACAGAUGUGGAUGAAUGUCAGCUGUAUCCAUCUGUUUGUGGUCCAAACUCCAUCUGCACAAAUGUAAAUGGAAGUUACAGUUGCUCAUGUUCAGAUGGGUUUAUUGCACCAUAUCUCAACAUCAGCAUCAAUAACACAUGCACAGGUUUCAUUCCCUUUCCAGAUGUGGAUGAAUGUCAGCUGAAUCCAUCUGUUUGUGGGCCAAAUUCCAACUGCAUAAAUGUAGAUGGUAGUUAUAAUUGCUCAUGUUUGAAAGGAUUUAAUGCAACAUCCCCAAAUCUCAAAAUCAGCAUCAAUAACACAUGCACAGGUGAGAUCUGGCUUCACAUCUAUGUGGAUGAAUGUCAGCUGAAUCCAUCUGUUUGUGGGCCAAAUUCCACCUGCACAAAUGUAAAUGGACAUUAUAAUUGCUCAUGUUUGGAUGGAUUUAAUGCAACAUUACCGUAUCUCCCCAUCAGCAUCAAUAACACAUGCACAGGAAUCAUUGUGUUCUUAGUAAUGCCAGAAAUGCAUUUAAUGUUUUUUCAAUGUGACAUUCUCUUUCCAGAUGUGGAUGAAUGUCAGCUGAAUCCAUCUGUAUGUGGUCCAAACUCCAACUGCACAAAUGUAAAUGGAAGUUACAGUUGCUCAUGUUUGAAUGGAUUUAAUGCAACAUUACCGUAUCUCCCUGUCAGCAUCAAUAACACAUGCACAGGUAAAGUCUGCAUUAGAUAUCUGUGUUCUCUGUUGAAAGUACACAAGACACAACUUUUUUAUUGUUGUAGCUAAUUUGGCUCACGUACACUUAAAAAUUGCUGGGGUUUUUUAACAAUAGGUUGUAAUUUAACUAGGGCUGUCAAAAUUAACCCGUUAAUAAUGCAUUACUGCAAAUUCAUUUUGACACCACUAAUUUAAUUAGCGUGUGAUUAACGCAACAUGCUAUUUCUGUUUGAACCUUGGUCUAGCUCAUAGUUGGAUAAAUUGAGACGCACCCUUAGACAGUAAAUGUGACCCAGUAAAUGAGUCGGAGGAUUUCAUAAAAAUAAGAGCAUUAAGCUCUCGUCUAGCAAUCUCAAUGCCCAAUGCUUUUGUACGGUUGUUGAACAACUAAGAUGAUCUUUUUUGUACGAUUUCUAAGAGGUGUACCGUCCUAAAUGCUUAACUAAUACACAAAGGAUGGUUGUCCAUCCCAGGGGUGGAGCCAGACAUUGUAGACAUUGGGGGCUUAGCCCAAAUCUAGGGGUUCCAAAGCAUGAUGUCCCCUGCUGAUAUAUUUUCUCCAUUAACGGCAACUUUAUAAACUAUUUUUUAAUCGAAGUGUUCUCUGUAUUAUUAUUCUGAAACUGUAACAACAAAUUUUGACAAAAUAUGUUUGAUGUAGGCUAAUCCAGUAACUGAAGCUACAAAAGAAAAAAUAACAAUUUUGAUUUCACUAGCAGAACA